GUGUAUCAAUGGUGGCGGUUUAAAUUGUAACAUAACAGGAAAUGUGAUGGCUCCCAAUAUACAGUGUGAUUGUCUACCUGGUUAUACCGGAAUGUUUUGUGAGAAUCACAUGCAAAAGAUGGUGAGAAUAUGUGAUAGAGUACAAAAUGCCACAAUUUUUACUGCUUUACAAGACUGUGACAGGACAAAAAUGGAAUGCGUCACUUAUAGUGAAAAUAAGCAGUAUGCCUACAAAUGUAGUAAGGAUGCAGUAAACUCUGAGAAUUUUGGCUCUACAAACCUGCCUUUGUGUGGUAAAACAGAACACAUUGUGACAGUAGUCCCCACUUCGACGGCUACAACAAAUUCAACUUUGCCUAGCAAUGACCUGAAACCAGUAGGAGUUCAGUUGAUAUCAGGAACCGGAGAACUCCAAUAUUCCCUGCCAAUUCUAAUUAUAGCGAGUCAAAGCUCAAAUGUUCUGGUGUAAAUGUAUGUUUUAUGUCAGUUUUAACAAAUAUGAUCUCAUUAUUAAUCAGUAUUCAUUUAUUUAAUGAAUAGCUUUUGUUGAAAGCUAAUAAGUGUUUGCCAUAACUUUGUAAAUAUUGCUCAAAUGUUAUUCCAUAUUUUGUGGAACGUUUUACUUUGCAUAUAUCCAUUGUCACUGAAUUAAAUCAUACAUAUUAUAUAGUGCCGCAGGAUUUCUUAUCCAGGGAUUUUUGCCAAGAUUCAUUUGUUAUUAGAUUAUCUCUUUUAUUUCACUUGUAUGUUAUAAUGACCUAUACUAUGGGGAUUGGGCCAUGCUGGGUGGAAAUUGGUACUGGUUUGGUAUCCUUGUUUUCCAUUUGAAACUGUUGCCUUUUGCUUUGGCAUUUUGUACAAGUGCCAAAGACGUAGAAUUGUGAAUUUGAUGCUUCAUUCAUGGAGAUUUUUAGGAAAUGUUCUGUCACAUCAUGGUUGUGUUCUUACUUCUUGUCUGUCGUUUAUCCUAUGUCUACUGUGCGCCAUUAAUAUAAACUGAUAUCUCAUGUACUUCUACAUCAAAACAGCUCGAGUUUCAAUUUAAUUUUGUUGUUAAUUUGUAAAUAAGUUAUUGUUAUAUUAUUAUAUUGUUAGCCUAGAUUGGCAGAAGUUAUAAAAUUACUAUAUUUUUUGCUUAUUA